GGUUUUUGGACAGCAACCAUAGAUACAGGAGACGCGCAAAACGACAAAACUGCCCGGCUUGCCCCUUUUCUUCAAUUUUUUAAUUUAGUUCGUCGUGGAAAUUCAGUUUGAGCAGUCGUGUACCAUGUCUAUCGAAUAUAAACUUGGUGAUUUAGUGUGGGCAAAAAUGAAGGGUUUCAGCCCGUGGCCCGGCCGGGUAGCCAUCCCGACUCCUGAGCUGUCCAAGCCCCCGAAAAAGUCGGCUGUGCAAUGCAUCUUCUUCUUCGGCACCAAUAACUAUGCUUGGAUCGAGGACAACAACAUCAAGCCGUAUCAGGAGUUCAAGGAGCAGCUGAUCAAGUCCUGCAAGACUGCUGCCUUCAAGGACGCCGUCAGCCAGAUCGAGGAGUACAUCGUUAACCCCGAGAAAUUCGGCGACAUCGACGGGCACCAACGCAACCCUGAGGAGGAGUUCGACAAGCUCAAGGAAGACAUCGAGAGCGAAGAGCAAGACUCGCAGCCCGAGGAGCCUGAACCGGAGGUCAAGAAGAAGACCUCCACGCCCAAGAUACGUUUGGGUUCUAAGGUGAAACCAAUCAAGCGGGCCUCCUCCGCGGGCGUGAAGGCCCCGGCCAAGAAGAAGAGCAAGAGCAGCCUGUCCCGCUCGUACACGGACCCCGACGUGGACGAGAAGCCCUCGAUGCUGAACCACUCCUUCUCGAAGAAGUCCAGCUUGUUGCAUCGCCCCUCCAAUAUAUUGAGACCUGAAACCCCACCCCUCGACCUGGAGAACGUCUCCGACACCCUCCUGGAGAAGAACAUCAAAGCCAGCCAGAUGAAGUUCGGCUUCCUGGGGCUCGGCAUCAUGGGCAGCGGGAUCGUCAAGAACCUGCUCAACUCCGGCCACAAGGUCGUCGUGUGGAACAGAACUGCUGCCAAGUGCAAGGACUUCGAGAAAGUGGGCGCGACAGUAGCGGUGACUCCGUGCGACGUGGUCGAGGAGGCCGACAUCACCUUCUCGUGUGUCGCGGACCCACAGGCAGCUAAGGAGAUGGUAUUCGGCAACUGCGGCGUGCUGCACUGCCAGUCACUGGAAGGCAAGGGUUACGUGGAGAUGACCAGCAUCGACGCGGACACCAGCCACGACAUCGUCGAAGCCGUGGGAGGCAAGGGUGGCCGUUAUCUGGAGGCACAGAUCCAAGGGUCAAAGACGCAAGCGGAGGAAGGCACGUUGAUCGUGCUGGCGGCCGGCGACCGGUCGCUGUUCGACGACUGCCAGUCCUGCUUCAAGGCCAUGAGCAAGAACUCCUUCUACCUCGGUAGCGAUAUCGGCAACGCCUCCAAAAUGAACUCCGUGCUACAAGUGGUAGGCGGAGUUUCGCUGGCAGCGUUAGCGGAAGGCCUGGCCUUAGCUGACCGAGCUGGCCUCAACCAGGCUGAUCUACUCGAUGUACUGGCGCUGACACCGCUGGCUAGUCCACAUCUCAUCCUCAAGGGCAGAGCAAUGAUCGAGUCGUCGUACUCGACGCACCAGCCGCUGUCGCACAUGCAGAAGGACCUGAAGCUGGCGCUGGCGCUGGGCGACGCUUUAGAACAGUCGCUGCCGCUCUCCGCCACCACCAACGAGAUCUUCAAGCACGCCAAGCGCCUCGGCUACGCCAACCACGACGUCGCCGCCGUCUACAUCCGCGCGCGCUUCUAGCCGCACACCCGCUAGUUACGUAUGGCCGACCCGACGCAGCCGUAGACUAAAUAAAUAUGGAAUUCGUACAAAUAUACGAAAUAAACGCACUUGUGUGUGUGUACGUGGUGUUAAAAUUAACACCACGGAAGCGCUUGCGACUUAAUGCCGAAUUUAUUUUCGAUACCCUAAAGGUCCGUUUUCAUACGAUAGCGGUGCCUUUAUAUAGCGGCCGUAAUGCAGCGGUGAAAUUACAUCACUAGAGCUUUGUCUAUGUCAGCGGUUCUCAAACUUUUUUGGUGACGGAACCCUUUCGGCAAGCGAAAUAUUUGACGGAACCCCAAAUUAAAAAUUUUCGUUCAUCACUGUGGACCAGAUAUACCUAUAGAAGCCGCACAGACCCUAGGGUUCCGCGGAACACACUUUGAGAGUGGCUGGUCUAUGUAAACAAAAUGGCGCGGUUCUCUAGAGGGCGGUGAUUGAAGGAACAUUAAUUUUGCGUCCGUAAUAUUACGGCCGCUAUAUGACGGCACCUAUCCUAGGAAACCAGAGCUUAAGCGUUUCUAGACCACCUCCAGAGGAACUUAGUCUAUAUCAAUAUAGGUGACAGCAAGGUGUCAUUUAUUGGGCAUUAGCAUGUUGAGCACUAGUACCACCACCUUACUAGCAACUAAUGGAUUAAGAGUAGAAAUUUGUGUGCGUAUCCAGAUCCACUCUAUUUUGUCGACUAGAUAAAUAUCCCUAAUGCUCUGGUUUCCUAGGAUAGCGGUGCCGUCAUAUAGCGGCCGUCUACAUACAAAUACUACGACAUCCAUAUUUAGCCGUAUUAUUUAGUACUUAUGUAGACGGCCGCUACAUGACGGCACCGCCAUUCCAGGAAAACCGAUCUUUACACUUUCAGUGUAAACGUUUCACAAUGCAAUUAGUCAAAUAUUUCUUUAGUCUAUGACUCGUUUAGUCUGGAAUUAUCGCAGUUUGCCUUGCGGUUAAUCCGGCUUUGGACCAGAAAGCCCUUAUUCUUAUAUGCCUUAUUUGGUUAACAAAUAUACAGUCAAUAAGAUGCAAAAUGAAUAUUUUUUAAGGAUAUACAAACAAUAUGACGACAGCAUUUACUUGCUUAUUAAUACAACACAAAUCUAUUCUGAAUGCCAAGAAGAAAAAAGAGAAAUGUUCUACAAAAAACGAGGCUUAGGUAAUGUUUCUGUGUAAUAUUGUAUAUUGUGUUUCUGGUUUAGCUCGUUGACUGGUAGAGAAUGCUUUAAAAGCGGACUUUGACGGAAUGCUUUAAAAACUACUAUUGUGCAAUAAAUAUGAAAUAAUUAAAUUUCGAGAAUUUUUGAGAAUGGAAACGAAAUCCAUAUUUUUCGAUAUUCUGUUUGAGUUCAGAAGUUUGUUUCCCAAAAUAAAUCAUUUAAGAAUAAGUGGUCUUCAGUUGUUUAAGUCCAUGUUUCAUAAUGAAACGUGGACUUGUAAGUAUCUCGUAGUGUAAUAGGCUUCAGGGUGGCGAUACGGGCAGUCGCCAUGAAUAAUAAAUAACUGUAUAUGUAGCAUAAUUGAUACAGAUAAUUGACCAUUUUCGAUCUUUCUUGCAACGAAAUAAGAUCUACCCACGGUUAAAGUUAGCAAAGAUUCAUUGAAUUUUUUAGAGGCAUAAAAUCCUUUGUACUUGUCUGCUAAUCUAAAUGGUACUGACUGUACCGCUCUGUAAAUGGGGUUGGCAACUGUCAAAGGUUUGCAUAGAUGGCGUUAUCAUAGGUUGCCCCCUUUUUCUAUGGGAUUUGGCUUAAAGAGCUGGCAUCCAGGGCAUUAAAAAAACAAAAAAAUACACAAUUCUAGGCUAAUGCCCGGUAUUAGCGGUUGACGCCAAUUGACAUCUGACAAUUGAGCUGCCACAAAAUAUGGUGGCAUACAGCGCCAUCUUUUUCAGCUGUCAAACUCGGAGGCGUGAUUCUUAGACUGGGCUUCUCAUUUAAUGAAUCUUUGCUGUUAGGGCGGAUACAGACGGAUUGCAACCCGACUGCAACUUGUAGGGGAACUGCACGUCAACUGCACGUCAACUGCAACGUCGGGUUGCAGUCCGUCUGUACAGGCCUUUAGUAUGUUGACUGAGUGCGGUGUAUUAUAUGACCUAUAAAAACAAUGUAAAUCUGUUGGCUAUGUCUUAACUAGUUUCAUACAUAAGGAAUUGCUCGUAUCAAUAACUGUGUCGCUUAACUUCAAACUCGGGUAAAUCCAUUGGACCCUCUCAGCAAAUAUCAACCCUAUUACGUUUUCUUAACACUUUGACUGCCGAGAACCCGCGUGGUAGGCACUCGUAAUGUUUGCUCAGAUGCCGGACAACCCGCCCAGCGGGUUGUUUUGUACGCAGAUAUAGACGACCGGUUUCUGGGGUAGUGCGCCGUUUUUUGCCCGGUUGCGAAAGUGUUAAUACCAAAAUCGCAUAAUCUGACAGAUGGAUUUACUCGAGUUUGAAGUUAAGCGACUCGACUAGCUCUCGAGUAUGCUUUCCUGUAAAUAUGUAUAGGCUUCAGCCGAAAAUUUUAGAAUCAAAUGUCAAAAUCAAUGGCGUAUUACAUUCUUUUAUUAUAUAGCUAAUAUCAGUUUUACAUGAACUAUUAAUAUUGAUAGUUAUAUAUAUGUAUAUUUAAUACAUUGACUACUGUUAUUAAAUUCAUGUGUUUUA